UCUGUUUUUUUUUCACUGCAGGGUCUUUAAUGGAGCAGCCAAGUGGUCUCCAGUCCUGGCUUCGCCUCGUGAUCCACAGACCCCAGCUCUGAGACCAGUUACCCAUUCCCACCAUCCCGGUGUGGAAUAGCGGGUCGCCCUCACCAUGUUGGACUUCCUGGCGGAGAAUAACCUCUGUGGCCAGGCGAUCCUCAGGAUCGUUUCUUGCGGCAACGCCAUCAUUGCCGAGGUGCUGCGGCUGUCGGAGUUUAUCCCUGCCGUCUUCCGGCUGAAAGACCGCGCCGACCAGCAGAGAUACGGAGACAUCAUAUUUGACUUUAGCUAUUUCAAGGGUCCAGAGUUCUGGGAAAGCAAACUGGAAGCCAAGCCUGAGCUGCAGGAUUUAGAUGAAGAAUUUCGGGAAAACAACAUCGAAAUUGUGACCAGAUUUUAUUUAGCCUUUCAAAGUGUGCACAAAUACAUCGUAGACUUAAACAGGUACUGAUGAAUUCCGUAACAGCUUAUUCUGGUGGAACAGCAGAGGAGCAGGGAGCCAGCAGAACACGUGUGCCUGUCUCAGAGUUAACUCAUUCAUGCUAUGCAUCAAUAUAGCUUCGUUAUAAUCUCACGUUCCUGUGUUAGAUCAUAAUAAACUUGCUUUACAUUAUCAUCGA